AGGCAGACGCGCUACGGCCGGAGCCGUCCCCGGAGCGGAGCGUGUGCGCGGGUUCCACGGGGAGACGACGCACAGGUCAGUUCGUAGGCCGCUCGCGGAUGACAGCGCGGGGAACGUGGUGAAAACCGGGGUGGAUAGAGGGGGUCGUGCGAAUUGCAGGGGCACGCGUUUUCAGCACCGCCAAACGGCGGUACCACGAAGCGCGCGCGCGCGCGCCUGCGACCCGCCGCUUCUCUCGCUCGCUCGCUCGCUCGCUCGCUCGUUCAGGCUCGUUGCCCUGCCACCGUCGUCGUCACCGUCCAUCGUCGUCGCUGCCGCUGCCGCUGCCGCUGCCGCAGCCGCCACCGCCACCACCGCCGCCGCCGAUCGACGCCGUCGCCGGCGCGCGUUGAGAGAACCAGCAGCACACGUACGUACACCCGGGAGGUAACGCUUUUGCUCGCGCGCACGCGAGACCGACGAUAUGCGAAGUGGGUAAGCGGAGCGGAGCCCACACAUACGUCUCGCGCGUGUUUUCUCUUCGCCGUCGCGGACCGCACGCCGGAACAAGGAAGAGGAACCACCAUCAGGCCAACGGGGGUGGUGGACCAUCCUGACCACCACCAUCUCCGACACCCGGAGUGAGUAGUCGUCGUCCGUUGGUAGAGCGCGGCUUCUUCGGCGUCCCAGUAUCGCGGAUUUCACAACUUUCCGCUUCCGAUCAUCCGCGUCGGACGGCAACGAGAUCGCGUAACCCUCUACACGAGCGUAUGUCGCGCGCUAGUGACGCGUCGCCGUUCGUCGGGAUUUCCCCGAGAUGAUCAAGAUUCGCGAGUGAGGACGUACGAAGAGGAACGAUUCGAGAAGCGGAGGAAGAGGAGAUCACGAGCCAGGAGUCACGUGCGUGAGAACACUAUUCGCGAGAAACAUUGCUGACUUCCAAGGAUAUCCUCUUCGGUCGGCACGGAGAAACGACGAGAGCACGCCGAGAGCGAGUCGGAAAAGGUGGAAGAGCGUCGCUACGGCAGUGCACUGCCGCAAGAAUUCACGCCAAGACUAACGGAGGACAGCGCGUGGCGGCCAUUUUACGCGAACGACGCUGUUUACCGGGUGCAGAACAGCUGGUGGCCGGGCGAUCAUCAAGGAGGGAGUCACGCGAUAAAGCAGCGUGAUAACAACGUCGACGUGGCGGGUGAAUUGGUUUCUCGCUUCGCGGGCUGCCUGAAUAUGGCGGGUUACCUGAAGGCGGCGGGCGCAACUUGCGCCUCGACCGGAAACCCUCAUCAAUACCACCCACACGGUCACCCGAUGGGAGUCGGCACUCAUCCGCAUCCUCACUCGCAUCCGCAUCCCGGUGCGCAUCCCGGUUUGCCGUCGCACUUCGCCCUCACCUCGCACGCCCAUACGCAUCAUGCGCUCGAGCACGGACUGGCGGCUGCGUUUCCGCAAGGAAUGAAUCAACGCAAACAACGUCGCGAGAGGACGACCUUCACCAGAGCUCAGCUGGAUGUGUUGGAGGGGCUAUUCUCGAAAACGAGAUAUCCGGACAUCUUUAUGCGAGAGGAGGUUGCCCUCAAGAUCAACCUGCCAGAGUCGCGAGUCCAGGUUUGGUUCAAGAAUCGUCGAGCCAAAUGCAGACAACAAUUACAACAACAUCAACAACAGCAGCAGCAGCAACAGCAACAACAGCAAACUCCUCCGUCGAAGGGUUCGCCCAGAUCGAAUCAGAAUCACAGCAAUAGCAGCACCGGUAGUAGAAUAUCGACGAGCUCGUCGACGACACCUAGCAGACGAUCCUCGCCGGAUUCACCGGCGCAAGGUAGGGAAGCACCAGUAGCCGGAAAUUCACCCUUGUCGACUCCGCUCCUGUCCACACAGUCGACGUAUCCUCGGGUAGGAACAACGCCAACCGGCGGCAGCGGAGCCAACAGUAAUCUGACUACCCCGUCGCCACCGUUGACACCAAGCUCCAACCAGUUACAGCCGUCGUCUUAUCCGAGCGCAAUGAAUCAGAUUCAUCACGGUGAGACUUACAGCUUCGGCUGGAGCUCGGCGGGAUCUGCCUCUGUGAACCACAGUCAAUACGCUGGUCAAGGUUACAACGCUUACGCCCAAACCCCGAGCGUGUAUGGUGGCGACUAUUAUCAGGCUCAGAUUCCCCACAUGCACCAUAGCCCGCAGGCUAACUACCAUCAUCCGCAGUAUCAUCCUAAUAUGACGCUGACCCCGUCCAUGUCGCAUCUGACCAGUCAUCACCUGAAUCCAGUGACUAGUCAGACGCAAGCCACCAGCAACGAUAUAGCGGCUGCUGCUGUUGCCGCUGCCGCCGCCGCGUCGAGCGACGAAGCCGCCGGUUACGUGCUGCCCGAACAGAAGUAUCCACCGUUAGUAUAGCGGUCCGGCAGGUCCUCCGGGAUCUUUCAGCGGGGCCAGGAGACCGCGAGCACGGCCGGCACCUCGAUGCCCUAUCAUUGGCGAUUGAACACGGCGAUUUGUCACGAGAUCAACGGCAAUCUGGACUCCGAUGACAAUUGAUCAUCCGGGAAUUUUGCCAGAGCAACGCUAGAUGUGCUCCAGACUUGAUAGGUACGAUAAUUUGAACUAGUGCGCGAAUAGACUACACGAACGUUCUGUAUUCGAAAUGACUGAGAGAUAUCAGCCAAUAUCUGUCAUCAGCAAUCGCGUACGUUUUCAUUAAACGUAAAAAAAAUGUCUGUAAAUAACCUAAUUUUAAUUCGAUAACAUUUUACAAUUAUUUCAAAGUAUUUUCUCAAACAAGGCGCGUGCAGCACCUGCGAAUAAAGUUGAAAACAAAUCUACAUUGAGGAAAAAAUGAAUUGAUUUAAAUAUGUUAUUAGUAUUAAAACAUUCAAAUAUGUAAUAUUACAUCAUUAAUAUUUACUUCAAACAAGUGAUAUUUAUUCGUGUGAUUUAAAUGAGUUAUUUGAAGUAGUAUUAAUAACAUAUUUAUUUUAAUCAAGUAAUCUUUCUAUCAGUGUGCAUAAAAGUAUAUAGGAGGAAUCACGCAAUUUGAACGGUACGCGCGCGCAAUUAUCUACGACAGUGAUGCGCCAAAGCGCAAUUAUACGUCUUUUAAAUAGAAACAUAUGUUUUUCUUACAUAAAUUGAUUUUCACAAUAUUUUCUUAGUAGAGCCACUUUCAUAUAUCAUUCUGAACAUAAAAAGUUGUGAUAAAAUUAAAAAAGUUAAUAAUACACAAAAUGUGUUGUAUUUAAUUAUACGUAAUUUCGUUCUAUAACACGUGCACGUGGAAAAAAUAAUUUUACAAAAAGUUAAACAUUAUUCAAUUUUUAAUUUUUAU